GGAGAGAGGCGGACAGGAAGUUCCCGUGUAGGAAGAGGCGGGGCUCCCCUCGGUCACCUGACCCUGCUCCAGGCCCCUCCCCUGCCGGGGGUGUCAGGGCCCCCAUUGAAGGAGAGGGAGAAAAGAUCACUGCCAGGAACGCAGGAACACAGGGCCAAACAGGACAGACAGGGCAGGAAAGAUCAGGGCCCAAAAACGCAGAAGAAGAUGUUGGAGGACCAUCUCAGAGCCUCAGGAGAGAAGGGAGGAAGAGGAGCAUCCAGCCGUGUGCGGAAAGCAGGAUCGACAUCAGGAGAGCGAGCGAUCGGCCAGACGUGAAGCGCAGGAGGAGCAAGGAAGAGGAGAACGGGAUAGAGAGGAAGAGGCAGGUCUCGUCCAGUUUACCCAGCUAUGCCUCAAGCUCCUCUCCUUCCACUUCCAGCUGCGCCAGGACCCGAAACGCAGGUGGCCAUUAAGUAUGUGACGACCAACUAUUCAAAGAAACUUCUGAAAAUUCCAGGGCAGCCCCAGCCCCUGCCCCUGGAGGUGGCCCUGAUGGAGCUGGCGUGUGGGGCCCCCGCCUGCCCCCACGUCAUCCAGCUCCUGGCCUGGUUCCAGGAGGCCGGCCGGCUCAUCCUGGUGCUGGAGCUGCCCGCGCCCUGCCUGGACCUGGCCAAGUUCACCCGGCAGCUGGGCGGCCACCUGGAGGAGAGCCUGGCCCGGUUCGUCCUGCGGCAGGCGGUCGGGGCCUCCGUGCACUGCCUGGACCGGGGCGUCCUCCACCGGGACAUCAAGCCCAGGAACCUCCUCAUCCAGACCCAGGACCUCAACGUCAAGCUCAUCGACUUCGGCUGCGGGGACCUGCUCAAGGAGGCCCCUUACACACACUUUGCAGGGACGAGGCUGUACCAGCCCCCGGAAUGGGUGCAGGGGGGAGAGUACCGCGGCCGGCCUGCGACCGUGUGGUCCGUCGGGGUGCUGCUGUUCGCGCUGGUCUGCGGCCGUCUGCCCUUCGGCAGGGAGCUGGACAUCAUCGGGGCCGAGCUGCACUUCAGGGACGGGCUCUCCGACGAUUGCAAGAAUCUGAUUCGCUGGUGCCUGCGGAAGGACCCGUAUGAGAGGCCAGAUUUGCAGCAGGUUCUCCAGCACCAGUGGAUGACACGCUAGAGCGAGAGCUGGCGUGGGGUGGACUACAUUCAGGUCAAAAAUCCGAGAAACCUGAGUCAGUCAUACUUGGCAUUUUUCAGACGAGCCUGAAAUGCUUCAGAAUGCAACGACACAUGGAUAUUGGCAAGCACAAAUGGGACAGACACAACUUGUUAAACUGUCAAACUUGCUUCAUUACAUUACACGACAUUACAUUACAUUACGCCACAGGCAUUU